CACUAAAAAAAAAAAAAAAAAAAGGAAAAUCUAUUUUAAAGUAGAAGUACAUGAAAUCGUCAAUUCUCAUAGUUAAGACCCCACAGAAACAUUAGAAAGAUCCCAACUCAUGAUUUUGCUGCACGCGGGGAGGCGCGCUCAAAGUGGACACGGUAUAGUUUCCGCAGCGCGUGCACAGUUUGUGAUCGAGCCGCUUGAACUAGAGCCUCUGAGAGAGAAACAGUUAGAGAAGAAUUUGCACACACAGUCAAACACGGAACUGAGUGAGGGCCAAAACCGAAUGUAUCUUACCGCUGUGGGCUCGGCAGUAAACAGCAGUGCAACGUGCGACGACAGCAGUCAGGAAUUCUUGGACUGCGGAAGAAUCUAAUUGCAUUGCAUUCCCUCUCAACGUACACACUGUGGGGUAUCCUGAAGCCCUCUCUAACAGGACCAGGAAGCACCAGAGUGAUGUCAAAAGUGCUGAAAGAGUGAAUACAGAACAAAGAAGGAUCACAAAGGACAUGCACAGAACGGUGCCCUGGAGGGGAGAGCAGAAGUUUUCUUCCCUGGAAUGACCUCCCACACACUCUCACGUGGUUUCUAUGGGGAUUUCAGCAUAGCCGCACUCUGUUGGAUGGGAGGUGGUGUAUUUCUGGGGCCUCUGAUUGCUCUGCUCUGAUUGGCCAGUACUAUUCAGUCGCCACACUGCCGUUGGUCAGAAUGCCACCAAGCAGGAAGUACAUGCUGAACGAGCAGCAGAUGAGACAGAAAGCACUGUACAGGAAAUUUUCUGGCAUUAGCCAAUACCAGCCUUUCGUUCUGUUGCUGGGACUGAGCAUGCUCACCUGUGUCACACUGCUAGUGCUCUUCUUCAGCCUGAAACUGGAUGCAAAUGUCCAUGGUGUAUUUGUGGGAGUUGUGGGAGGAGCGUUGUGCUUGUUCCUGGCUGUAUUUAUAUUAGUUUGUACAGAUACCCUCUCUCAGAGUUGGAGAACUUUACUUGGCCUCGCCGUGUGGGCCACACACCUCACAAUGGGCUUCACCUUUAUUUUCAGCCCAACACAAAAUAUACAACCAUGGGACCAGGUGCCCUUCUUUCUCUUCAUCGUCAUUACAGUCUACACAAUGCUGCCGUUCCAGAUGAGCUAUGCUGUAGCCCUGAGUAUCAUCUCCUCUCUUUCUCACAUCAUUGUUCUUUCGGUCACAGUGUUCAAGUUACCCCCCAGAUGUCCAAAAAAUCCGGUUCAUGAUUGGUUAAAAGAAAAGCAGUUGCUGUCAAAUGCUAUGGUGUUUCUUUGUGGAAAUGUGGUUGGUGCAUUUCAUAAAGUUCUGAUGGAGAAAGCUCUGAAGCAGACAUUUCAGGAUACUCUUCGCUGCCUUGGCAUUCGCAUGAUACUGGAAACUGAGAAGAGACAGCAGGAAAACCUCUUACAGUCAGUGCUUCCUGUGUACAUAUCCAUGAAGAUGAAGUUGGCCAUAAUGGAGCGCUGCAAGUGUAAAGAUAGAGAGGAACAGCAGCGUAUGGUUUGUGACAACAACUUCCACAGUCUUUACGUGAAGAGACAUGAGAACGUCAGCAUCCUGUAUGCUGACAUUGUGGGUUUCACCCGUCUGGCCAGUGACUGUUCUCCUAAGGAGCUUGUGAUCAUGCUGAAUGAACUUUUUGGGAAAUUUGACCAGAUUGCAAAAGAGAAUGAGUGUAUGCGGAUAAAAAUUCUUGGUGACUGUUAUUACUGUGUGUCUGGCCUCCCUGUUUCCCUGCCAAAUCAUGCCAAAAACUGUGUUAAAAUGGGCCUGGACAUGUGUGAAGCCAUCAAGCAGGUGCGUGAGGCAACAGGUGUGGAUAUAAACAUGCGUGUAGGUGUGCACUCAGGAAACGUCCUCUGUGGUGUGAUUGGCUUACGGAAAUGGCAGUUUGAUGUGUGGUCACAUGAUGUCACCUUAGCCAAUCAUAUGGAGUCAGGUGGAUUACCAGGCCGAGUUCACAUCACAGAGGCAACUCUGAAGCACUUGAACAAAGCGUAUGAGGUGGAGGAGGGGAAUGGUCACCUGAGAGACUCCUACCUUAAAGAGCUUAACAUCAAGACGUUCCUGGUCAUAGACCCGCGGUCAAAAGACUCAUCACUGAUGGCUCCCAGUGUCACUAAGCCUCGUGUGAGUGAUGGUUUGAAGAUGCGAGCAUCUGUGCGUAUGACACGCUUCCUGGAGUCGUGGGGGGCUGUUAAACCUUUUGCCCAUCUGCAGAGCCGAGAGGAAUUCAGCACAGAUGCUAUGGUCAAUGGGAAGGGUCGCUGCAAGGACAUCCCUCUUAGAUCAGUACAUAACAAAAUUGUAGAGAGCUUUGAUGAGUCUCUUGAGGAGUCCUUCUCUUUACCUGUCCCUCCCUUGAGCACAUAUAAGAAUAAAUCACAGAAGACUAAAUUUGAUGAAGAUCUUUACGACAGGAUGACCACCACCAUCAAUGAUUUGAGCUCCAGCAAGCAGUGGAUGAAGUCUGAAGAAAACUCUGGCCUCACACUGUGGUUUACUAAAAGAGAUCUGGAAAAGCAGUACAGGACUAUAGAGAUGCCAAGCUUUAAAUACUACAUUGGUUGUGCCACCUUCAUCUUUUUAUGCAUCUUCAUCAUCCAAAUGCUUGUUACAAAUCAUCGUAAAGAGCUGGGGCUGGCCUUUGCGGUGUUGGCGUGUGUUCUGCUUUUGAUUCUCUGCAUCUGUUUUGCAAGUCAUAUACAGAGGAUGUUUCCGGAGAAGUUAAAGUCAUGUACGUGGCUCUCGGCGCUUUCAGAAGCAGUGGUUAAGAAACCUUUUCUGCGCCUCCCAUUGGCAACCGUGGCCACCGCAGUCAUAGUCAUCAUCGCCAUGUUCAACUUUUAUUUUAAAAUUGAAAAUAACAGCACCAUCCAUCCAUGUUUAGUAAAUGAACUUCGAUAUUUGCCUUACUCCGUAUAUAAUUGUAUAUUGGCAUUGAUCGCCUGUGGCGUGUUUUUGAGGGUGAGUUUGGAGCUGAAGAUGGCCUUCCUCCUCAUCGUCUCUAGCGUUUCCUACAUCAUCAUCUUCUAUGCAUCAUCUCAGGAAAAUCUCUUCAACAGCUACAACUGCAGCUGCCUGCUCGGCACCAACCACAACAGCACAUUUCAAAAAAAUUUCAACGAUGGACUUAUGAAGGACCCACAACUCAUGAGCUGCAUCUACAUCACACUCUUCCUCUUCACCAUGCUGCUCAUAUCCCACCAGAAUGAGUACUGCUGUCGUCAGGACUUCCUGUUGAAGAACAAGAACAUGGCCGAUAGGGAAGAAGUUGAGCUGUGCGAAAACCUGAACCGUCUUCUUUUGGAGAAUGUUCUCCCUGCGCACGUGGCCGCUCUCUUCGUGGGCGAGAACAAAAAGAAUGAGGACCUGUACUAUAAGUCAUAUGACUGUGUAUGUGUGAUGUUUGCCUCGGUGCCGGACUUCAAAGAGUUCUACACUGAGUGUGACAUAAAUAAAGAAGGACUGGAGUGUUUGAGGCUCCUCAAUGAGAUCAUCGCCGACUUUGAUGAGUUGCUGUCUAAGCCCAAGUUCAGUGGUGUGGAGAAGAUUAAAACCAUCGGCAGCACGUACAUGUCUGCUGCGGGACUGAGCGGGCCUCCAGAACAGAGCAGCCAGGACCGUGAGAGGCAGAAUGCUCAGAUAGGAAACAUGGUGGAGUUCGCCAUCGCUCUGAUCGGCAAGCUGGACGGCAUCAACAGACACUCCUUCAACUCGUUCAGGCUUCGGGUCGGUAUAAACCAUGGCCCAGUGAUUGCUGGGGUGAUUGGAGCCAGGAAACCGCAGUAUGAUAUCUGGGGAAACACUGUGAAUGUGGCCAGCCGGAUGGAAAGCACUGGAGAGCUGGGUAAAAUACAGGUGACAGAGGAGACAUCAGAUGUCCUGCAGAAGCUGGGCUAUUCAUGUGAGUGUCGUGGCCUGAUCAAUGUGAAAGGCAAAGGAGAGCUCAAAACCUUCUUUGUGUGCACAGAUUCCAGCAAACAGCAGGGCAUCGGUCUGAGCUGAGAUUGAAGCCUCUGCCGCUGCCAGCCUCAUACACAUACACACACACACACACACACACACACACACACACAGACUCCGGGUCUAUAGGUGAUCUAUUUUUUUUUCUUUUUUCAUUUAAGAAUGUUUUAUUGCUACUGGAUUUCUUUCCUUAGAGCAUGUCUGAAGAACUGUUUUGGCAGCAUUUGGAGAUCUGAAACUUUCAGACAUAAAGCUACAUAAAUUCACGCAUCUCACACAAACACAAGCAGAACUUUGCGAUCCAGCGAGUAACGGAGUUCAGUGAAGGAAAAUACUGCUCUCAGACUUUCUGUGUGCUGCUGUCAUAGUGGCCUUGAUCCUGUUGGAUAUAGACUAAUUUGGGAUGACUGAGCUGCUCGGCCGGACCCACACAAACCCAUCGUGACAGAUGAGCAGACGUUUAAAUAUCUAGAAUGUGUUCAGUCAUUUCAAAUAGCAUGUAUCUUAGUAGAAACCAUUCUGUCAACAUUUGGACCAACAAAAUGGUGGAUGCCUAUUGUUGCUCGAAUAUACACUGCUAGGGAUGUUUUUUUGGCAUUUACUGCCAAAUAUCGAUAUUGAUUUGCUAUUGCCUUUGAAUUGAGAUUGUGGAUGUUGGAGAUGAGCCUUUCUUAGCUUCAUAAUAUGCUACAGAUGAAAACUAGGAAUGUUUACAAAUGCUGGGGAAAAAAUGUCAAUGACUGAAAUUCAGUUAACGUCAAGUCAACGUGUACUUUCAUCACUUGCUUUCUUUCAUCGCUUGUACUUCUUAGAUGGAUCUAUCUUAGAUGUUGACCAAAUGGCUCUGUGGCUUCUGCCAUCUGAAGUUGUAAAUUUGAUACUGGAUGUAUUCAUGCAUCUCCUUUGUGCCUGAUGAAGCCAUUGGUAGAAAUGUUCAAUUCAGACUGAAAAUCCUAUGCAUCUCUAGAGUGUGACAGCGACUGAAUUCACAUGGUUUGAGAUUCUGCGCUGCCUUUCUGUACCGCAGUGUUUGUGAGGAAUGCCUGCUGUCUCCUCGGUUUUGUAUGCAUUGUUACAGAAUAAAUCAUUUGACACUUUA